ACACUAUAUAUGGACUGAACCCAAUAUUUAUAUUGAAAAUGUACUUUACUAAUUAUAACAAUAAUACAAAUAUAAACAUAAAAAUUUGUUUCAAGUGGAAUACCCCAGCUCAUUUCUACUAGUCGUACUAGCUAGUAAGCACUGUACCAGCAUACUCAAAUCGUACAACAACCAAACUUUAAUAAUACAACCAAAAAUAAAAAUAAAAAAUAACAAUACCAGAAAUAUAACAAAAGAUAUUUAUAAAUUACGUUGCACCUUCAUUCUUCACUUGGCCAAACUGUCCACAUCUUACUACGAGUAUUCAUUUUCUCUCUCCUCCCUCACUCCCCCAUCCUAUCCAUCUAUACAUACAAACCCUUCGAAAAUAAACACCUAAAAAUAAAAGAAAAUAAAAAAAACAUUUUCACUUGAAUUUCUAUUUUCUCUCUCCUCUUUAAACCGCCUUUAGCUUGUGAGCAAGCUGCUCUCUACUCCACUUCUUAGCCACCUCUUCCUUACUUUCUCUCUCCUCUUUUUCUUCUUUCUUUCUUUUAAUACCCUUCAAUUUCAACAGAUCUCUUUCAGUAUUCACACUUUCUUACAUUAUGAACAAGCAAGAUUUCUUAAAAACCCAGAGUUGUGUUCUUAGAGUGAACAUACACUGUGAUGGCUGCCAGAGUAAAGUCAGAAAAAUUCUCCAGAAAAUUGAUGGGGUUUAUAAAACGGAAAUAAAUUCAGAGCAAGGGAAGGUGACGGUAACUGGGAGUGUAGACCCAGAAGUAUUAAUCAAAAAGCUUGAGAAAAAUGGCAAGCAUGCUGAGUUAUGGGGCCCAGCGAAAGGCUCUAACAACAACAACAACAACAACAACUUCAUGAAUCAGUUUAUGAAUGUUAAUAAUCAGAUGAAAAACUUCAAUUUAGACGGGGGUAAAAAUGGAAAAGACAACAAUAACAAGGCUCCAAAAGGUGGUGGUGGUGGUAAAGAUCAGCAUAAAGGUGGACAACAGCAGCAACAACCACAGCAACUACCACAGCAACAGAUGCAACAUUUUCAGUUUCUUCAGCAACUUCAGCAACAGCAACAGAUGAAAGGAGGACAAGGAGCAAAAAUGAUGGCUGCUCCGCCUAAGGAGCAGCAGCAGAAGGCAGUGAAGUUUAACAUGGCUCCACCUGAGGAUGACUUCGAUGACGAGUUUGACGAUGAUGAUGAGUUUGAUGACGAGUAUGACGAUGAAUUUGAUGAUGAGUUUGAUGAGGAUGAUUUGGAUGAUGAUGUUUAUGGUGGCGGACAUCACCAGCAUCAGGCGGUGAAGAGUGGAGCUGUUAUGAUGGGUAAGGAAGGAAAAGGCGGGUAUAAUGGUGCGGGUGAUAAUAAGAAAGGGAAGAAUGGUGGUGAUAAGAAGGGCAAGGAUGGUGGAAAGGGUGGUAAGAAGGAAGGUGGUGGGAUGGCUAGUAUGAUUAAGGGUAUGUUAGGGGGUGGUGGUGGAAAUAGUGAGAAAAAGAAGGGUAAUGAUGGAAAAAAAGAUGGUAAAAAUGGUGGAAAUAACAAAGGAGGUGGUAAAAAUGAACAUGGUAAGAAUGGUGAACAUGGUAAAAAUGGUGGUGGUGGGGGUAAAAAUGGGGGAGGAGGGGGUGAGGGUAAAGUGGUAAAACAUGUAACAUUUGAGAGUAAUAAUAAAGGUGGUAAAAAUGGUGGUGGUGGGGGUAAAAAUGGAGGAGGGGGUAAUAAUGGAGGAGGUAAAAAAGGUGGAGGCGGCGGUGGCGGAGGAGAUGGGAAUAUGAUGACUAUGGGCCAGAAGGGUAAUUUCCCAAUGGGUCAAAUGGGAAUGGGCCCGGCCGCGGCAGGGUUGCCAGCUUCUCACAUGAUGAUGAAUGGUGGUGGGCCCGGUGGCGGAGGUGGAGGUGGGUAUUAUCAAGGGAUGGGUCCAGGUCAAGGCCCAAGUCCAACCCAAUUCAAUCCUCAGCAGCAGUACAUGGCAAUGAUGAUGAACCAGCAGAGAAUGAAUGGCGGUGAGGGUUACGGGAUGAUGCCGCCUCAGGCGGCUCAGCCCAUGAAUAUGAUGUAUGGAGGACGGCCACCGAUGGGGCCGAUGGGCUACGCACCUUCAAUGGUUCCUCCACCGGGUUACCAUGACCCUUACACUUCCUAUUUUAGUGAUGAAAAUACUGAUAGUUGCAGUAUUAUGUAAAUUCUUCUCUGUAAUUUUUAAUUUUGGUAAUUUAUUUCGAGGAUAUGUUUUUAACUAGUGUGUGUUUUUAGAUCCUAGUAAUUUAGUUUCAUGUGGGUUUUUUUUUUUUUAAUUUUUAUUUUAUUUUGGGGUAAUUUAGUAUGAAUGUAGUACUUUUAGUUCAACUUGAAGAGUUGAUAAUGAUAAGUGUCAUUCUCGUGUAAGAAGAAUAGGAAAUGGAAGUUUUUGUUUUUUGGUAAAUAUAUGGUACUCCCACUAAUCCACUUGAAAUCUUUUAUUGUGAA